AUGGAUAAAGUGGGAAAGAUGUGGAACAAUUUCAAAUACAGGUGCCAGAAUCUCUUCAGUCAUGAGGGUGGAAGCCAAAAUGAAAAUGUAGUUGUGAACUCCAAUAGUUGCUCAUCUACUAAGGAAAAAACUGUCCAGAUAACUGACUUGGCUCAACAGCAACCCAGCAGCCCUUUGAGAGAAAACAUUGCUUUCCAAUUAGGUUUAAGUCCUUCAAAAAAUUCAGCAAGGCGUAACCAAAACUGUGUCACAGAAAUUCCUCAGAUUGUUGAAAUAAGCAUUGAGAAAGAGAGUGAUUCAUGUGUCACCACAGGAGCUAGACUUGCUCGAAGAGACUCUUAUUCUCGGCAUGCUCCUUGGGGUGGGAAGAAGAAGCAUUCCUGCUCUACCAAAACCCAGAGCUCCUUGGAUACUGAAAAAAGGUUUGGUAGAACACGAAGUGGUUUGCAGAGGAGGGAGAGACGGUAUGGGGUCAGCUCUGUCCAUGAUAUGGAUGUGGUCUCAAACAGGACAGUAGGUAGCCGUUCUCUGCGACAGCGUCUACAGGAUACUGUUGGGUUAUGUUUUCCCAUGAGAACUUACAGCAAACAGUCAAAACCUCUGUUUUCUAACAAAAGAAAGAUCCAUCUCUCUGAACUAAUGCUUGAGAAAUGCCCUUUUCCUGCAGGCUCAGAUCUGGCUCAGAAGUGGCAUCUGAUUAAACAACACACAGCGCCUGUGAGUCCUCAUUCAACUUUUUUUGACACGUUUGAUCCUUCCUUGGUUUCCACAGAAGAUGAAGAAGACAGGCUCAGAGAGAGGCGCAGACUUAGUAUUGAAGAAGGGGUUGAUCCCCCUCCCAAUGCCCAAAUACAUACUUUUGAAGCUACAGCACAGGUUAAUCCAUUGUAUAAACUGGGACCAAAGUUAGCCCCUGGUAUGACUGAGCUGACUGGGGACAAAAACAUAACAGCUCCGGGGAACUGUGACUCUGAAGAGGAUACAACAACACUUUGUCUGCAGUCACGCAGGCAGAAGCAGCGUCAGAUGUCUGGAGAGAGCCAUGGCCACAUCAGCAGGCAGGGGGCUUGGAAAGUGCAUACCCAGAUUGAUUAUAUCCAUUGCCUUGUGCCAGACUUACUUCAGAUCACAGGUAACCCGUGUUACUGGGGUGUGAUGGACCGCUACGAAGCAGAAGCACUUCUGGAGGGUAAACCCGAAGGCACUUUUUUGCUCAGGGAUUCUGCACAAGAGGACUACCUCUUCUCUGUGAGCUUCCGUCGUUACAACCGAUCACUGCAUGCACGCAUUGAGCAGUGGAAUCACAACUUUAGUUUUGAUGCCCAUGACCCCUGUGUGUUUCACUCCUCCACUGUUACAGGGCUUCUGGAACACUACAAAGACCCUAGCUCUUGCAUGUUCUUUGAACCGUUACUUACUGUAUCUCUGAACAGGACUUUCCCCUUUAGUCUGCAGUAUAUCUGCCGGGCAGUAAUCUGCAGGUGCACUACGUAUGAUGGAAUUGAUGACCUUCCUCUACCCUCAAUGUUGCAAGACUUUCUAAAGGAGUAUCACUAUAAACAAAAAGUCAGGGUGCGAUGGCUGGAGCGGGAACCUAUAAAAACAAAGUAA